AAUUAAUAGGACUAACAGGCACGAUGGUUGUGUUAAAAGAAACAAAGGAAACUGUGGAAACGGAGAAGCUGAAGUAUCCGAAGUCGGUGUUCUUCAUCGUUAGCAAUGAAUUCUGCGAGAGGUUCUCUUUCUAUGGAAUGCGUACGGUUUUGACGCUCUAUCUGCGGAACCAACUGAGGUAUAGCGCUCAAACGACCAUCGUGAUAUAUCAUAUUUUCACGGCGUUCGUAUACUUUUUCCCUGUGUUCGGAGCGAUGCUGGCAGACUCGUUACUUGGGAAAUUCCGCACGAUCUUCUAUUUGAGUAUUAUCUACUCCUUGGGGCAAAUUAUUUUGUCCUUGAGCGCGGUGCCUCCUUUAGGAAUACCAGCUAGAGAAUUUUCAUUACUUGGUCUACUCCUUAUUGCCCUUGGCACCGGCGGCAUAAAACCUUGCGUGGCUGCAUUCGGAGGUGAUCAAUUCGUGUUACCGCAACACGAACGAUAUUUAUCCUCAUUCUUCUCUAUUUUUUACUUCUCCAUCAAUUCUGGAUCCUUGAUCUCCAGCUUCCUCACGCCCAUACUCCGUAGCGAUAUCUCCUGUUUCGGCGAAACUACAUGCUAUUCACUGUCCUUCUUCGUGCCAGCCAUUCUCAUGGCUUUGUCCAUUGUAAUAUUCAUCUCUGGCAAACCUUUGUACAGAAUAGUCAAGCCCACGGGCAACGUCGUGUUGAAUGUUUCCAAGUGCGUCUCCCACGCCAUUUCCAGAAAGGUGAAGUCGAAGGGUGAGAAAAGAGAUCAUUGGCUCGACUAUGCGGAUGAUAAGUACGACAAGGUGUUGAUAAAAGAUAUCAAGGCGGCUUUGCAGGUGAUGAAGCUGUUCAUUCCCAUACCGUUCUUUUGGACCCUGUUCGAUCAGCAAGCCUCGCAAUGGACCCUCCAAGCGAACAGAAUGAACGGCGAGAUCGGCAAUUUUACGCUGCAACCGGAUCAGAUGCAAGUCUUCAAUCCUUUCCUGGUGCUUGCUUUUAUUCCUUUGUUCGAGACUUGCGUCUAUCCGCUUCUAGCGAAGAUUAGGCUUCACACACCACUGAGGAAACUCACUAUCGGCGGUAUGCUGGCCGCUUUGUCGUUCGUGAUAUCGGCGCUCGUUGAAAUCCAGAUCGAGGCAACGGAACCGGUCAUGCCCUCAGAAGGUCUCGCUCAGCUACAAGUUUUCAACACUCUCGAUUGUCCCGUAAACGUAGAGUUGUCCAAUGAUAUGAAAUUCGUUCUGAAAAGUUUGGACAUGUGGAAGGUCGAAAAUAUUUCAACGAAUGGUGUGAAACAAUUAAAUUAUAUGGCAGAUUAUUCAAAAUGCGUCAAUAUAUCAAACGUUAUCGGUAUGAUCGAUGUAACAGAGGCCAAGGCAAACUCUUGGAUUAUGACGGCCAAUGGGCUCACAGGCAAGUACGUAGAUUCGAUAGAAAAAUCAGUCAGUGGUGAUCCUCGGGUACGUGGUCUCAUCUUUCUGAACACACCAGAGAAGAAUGUUUCUUUGGAACUGGUUAAAGACGAUAAAACUGUCGCCAACUGGACGCUUUCCUCGCUUCUGCAACCUUCGAAUCUAGCCGAAGUCAAGUCUAACACAUAUAGCAUCCGUUUGAACAAUAAAAUAGUAAAGGAAGAUGUACCCUUUAAGUUUGGUGGAGUUUACACAGUCGUCGGUUAUGUCAGUGGAGACCAACAGAAAGUUAACGUCGUGACCGUAACCAAUCCAAAUUCGAUGUCCAUGUUGUGGCUGAUACCUCAAUACGUGAUUAUCACAAUGGCAGAAGUGAUGUUUUCCGUGACCGGUUUAGAGUUUGCGUUUACGCAAGCACCCGUCAGUAUGAAGUCACUGUUACAAGCUACCUGGCUACUGACAGUAGCUUUUGGUAAUAUCCUUGUAGUUAUCAUUACGGUUGUCUUCGCGGACGCAGUUUUCGAUCGACAGGUUUAUGACCUGUUUUUAUACGCCGGAUUGAUGUUCAUCGACAUGAUUGCCUUCGCCAUAUUGGCGAAAUUCUAUAAGUACAUGGUUCCAGAAGAUGAAUCUGUCACCGAGGAAAUAAAUAUGGAAGUGAAAAAGGGGGAAGUUAAUCUUUCUUACAAGAACGACGAGAAGUGAGCAACUUUGACAUUGUAAAACUAAGGUUGUACAGAUUGCGACCGUUUUACAUUAGGACCACAUAGCAACACAGCGUUUUAAGACUAUUGAUAUAACGCAAUGCGUUAUAAACGAUUUGAUAUAUUUCUUUAAACAUUUAUCGGAUGAAGACCGAUAAUUGUGAGAAAUGCAAAGGUUAUUUACAAUCGUUGUAAAUAAACUAUAUUUUUUUAACAUUACCUUUGCCCUGUUUCAAGGGUGCGAGCGGGAACAAGAAUUUGAAUUACGAAUGUUGAAAUAGGUAAAAUACAAUGCAUUAUCUUAUCGCACAAAUAUUACAUACAAUAAAAUUAUCGAAUCAAUUUCAGUAAUUCUGCUGAAUACGUAAAUGUUAGGAGACAAAACGUAAUUUGUGUAAAAUAACAACGUUCCAUCGAGUGCAAUUAUUAAUUAAACAUGUAUAAUGCCUACCAGUAUUUAUG